UGGAGCGCUGAGUCUUCGGAGUGCCCGGGGCGGAGCAGUCCGGGCGCAGUCUCAGUGUGCUCAGAGCUCCCAAGGGCUGGCGGCAUUCAGGAUUCCAGUGGCAGAGUUCCCUUUCCCCUGGUGAGAAGGGGCACUCCUGCAAUGUCCCCAGCUACCGCUCCUGAGCCUGGUGAGGAUGUGAGUGGAAGGCGCAUCAGCAAAAUAAUUUUUUUCCUUUUCGUGUUCGGAGUCAUCUUAUUAUGUGUGGGAAUCCUGCUUUCCAUCCUUGGUUUCCAAACGUGCCAGUAUGAAACCCUUAUUGACUGCAGUGCAGUCCUGAAAAUUGUGGGGCCUUCAUGUGCUGUGAUUGGCCUCGGAGCAAUUAUAUUGGCCCGCUCCAGGGCAAAGCUUCAGCUCAGAGAGAGGCAGCUGCAAGGCAACCAGGUCGACCCGGACAGCUUCUUUAUUUGCGGAGAAAGUCGCCAGUUUGCCCAGUUCCUCAUCUUUGGAUUCUUGUUUUUAACCAGUGGCAUGCUGAUUAGUGUGCUGGGCAUUUGGGUCCCUGGAUGUAACCCAGGAUGGCCCCAGCCACUAUUUAAUGACACAGACACUUCCAGUGCCGAACCACAGGCAUGUGGGUUUCUGUCUCUCCAGAUAAUGGGGCCUUUGAUAGUGCUCAUUGGAUUAUGUUUCUUUGUGGUAGCACACAUUAAGAAAAGACACAACUUGAGUUCUAGCCAAGACUCUUCAGAAAGUGAAGAGAGGCGGUCACAGAACAAUGAGCCUGUACAAGUCACCGUAGGUGAUGCUGUGAUAAUCUUUCCGCCCCCACCUCCACCUUAUUUUUCGAAUGUUUCAACAUCUACAGUGGCAACACAUAACUCAGCAUCUAACAGUCUGCCUCUGAGUGAGAACCCACCAUCAUACUACAGUAUUUUUAAUUACAGGACCGAAGUUCCUGAGGUUCAAGGAGCAGUCUCUUAUAGAGAUCUUGAAUCUAUAUGUACAAUUUCUGGAACUAAUUCAUCUCCAGAGAUGUCACCUGCCUCGCAUAUUUCAUUUGAAUUACCUCCCAGAUAUGAAGAAAAAGAAACUGUGAAUGUCGACCAUCCCACCUCUUCUACUUCCUCUUCUUCAUCUUCUCAGCCUUCUCCACCAUGAACCAUGAA